GGAUAUGAAAGAAAUUAUGAUGGAAGUUCAGAUGUGAAUGGCUGAUUACAACUAAAUUAAUUAAAUUAAUUUAAAUUUUGAUAUAGCUGUUUUACAAUUCACACUGCUGUUGUUCCUAGCUUUGCAGAUGGUAUAGAAAAAUUAAGAUAAAAGGAUACAACAAGGAAAAGAGAAAUAUGCACUAUUCUUUUCCUGAUUCUUCUUUUUGUUAAUUUAGAGAAUAGGACAUUACUCUUGAGCUUGGCUUUACUUUAUGACAUACCACAUUCUUCCUUGUAAUUGAUGAAUAAUAUCCGUGUCAAUAAAGGCUAGUAAUGAUUAACUAUGUCAAAGCCUGUUCAUGUUAUUUUCACAAACGUGUUUUGUCUGUAUCAGGAUGAAGGUGAGUGUUGCUCUCCUGCAGCUGCUGUGCUGUCUUCUGCUCACUGAUGGACAAACUGAGGUGCAAGAUUUUGUGGCCACGGAAAAAAACAACCAGCCCAACAUCUGGACUGAGGUGAGAGAUAUAAGAGACAUGGUGGUGGAGCUCAAAGUCAAGUUGGACAUGGUGAUGAAAGAAAAUGCAAAAAUGGCAGAACAAUUGCAGGGGCUGAAGAAAGAAUGCAGGUAUUUAAAUGAUCAAAUAAAGAUAACUGAAAACCAGCUUGAAGGAAUUAAGCGAGAAAAUGAAGACCAACCAAAAGUGGCAUUUUCAGCUGACUUAGGCAUGCGUGGUGAUUUAGGUCCUCAGAGUACUGAGAUCACACUGACAUUUAACAACAUCUUCACAAACAUUGGUAACAACUACAAUCCAGCAACAGGUCUCUUCACUGCACCAGUUAAAGGAGUCUACUACUUCAGAUUCACUGCAUGUGGUACUCAAAUCAGACAAUCACUGGGUGCAAGUUUACAUAAAAAUGGGCAGAAGAUUGUAUCAGUAGGGCAGUGGCGUAAUCAUGAUCAACAUAGAUAUGCAUCAAACGGAGCUGUCCUGCAGCUGGAAGUGGGUGAUGUAGUUUGUGUGAAACUCCUCCCAGGUUACACCAUCUAUGACAGUCCAGAUAACCUCAGCACUUUCAGUGGAUUCCUCAUUUACCCAUUAAAGUGAUCAACCAUUGCACACUGUAUUAUGUUGAUUGCCUAAUGAAAGACAAAUUUACUCAUCUGUGCUCUUUCUACAUUGGUUUUAAGCUCUCAUUUAUAUCAUUUAUAACUGGCUGCUCAGAGAAAAUUGCAUGAAUCACACUUACUGUAUGCUGUAUUAAUCAUAUGCUGUAACAUGGAAAAAUCUAACUGCAAUAAUGAUUUUACAUGCUAUUAUUUGUAUUAAAUAUGUUUGCACAUAAAUCUCUGUACUAUCUUAUAACAUUCUUGCCUAAAAUCAUCAUCAUCAUCAUCAUCAUCAUACAUUGUAUUAAUAGUUAAUGUUAAAUGUAUUGAUUUAACUAUUCUAGAUGUUAAUAUCCUGAAAUGUAACGAAUCGUUGGAGAAAAAAAUAAUAUAUUCAUGUAUAUAGUAUAUUCCUGGGAUUUUAGUGAAUUACAUUGUAGUGCAUGAUCUGCAGAAUCUCUGCUCA